ACAUUCUAAGGAAAGCAGCACACAACGCAUUAAGAAAGAAAAUAUUUUGCCAAAAUGUUAGAUUGGACUAGUAAACAUGUUGUCUAUGUGGGUGGCUUCACGGGCGUUGGUUAUCAAGUCUGUCAAAUGCUUAUGAAGAAAUCAAUUAAGUACUUGAUUGUUUGUUGUCGCUUGGAAAAUGAUGAAAUGCUUAAGAAAUUGCAGGCUAUUAACAGUGAGAUCAGGGUACGGUUUGUCCAGGUGAAUAUUGCAGAUUAUUCGAGUAUUGUUAACGCUGUACAUGAAGUUAUUAGCUGUGUGGGUAAUGUUGAUGUUUUGAUUAAUGGUGCUAGCGUUUUAGCUGAUAAGGACAUUGAUACAACGGUGGCUGUUAAUUUGACAGGUCUAAUUAAUACCACCAUAUUGUUUUUGCCACAUAUGGACAAAACUCAAUUCGGACAUGGUGGUAGAGUAGUAAACAUGUCUUCAGUCUAUGGCUUAGAACCUGGUCCAGCUUUUAGUGUUUACUCAGCUGCUAAACAUGGUGUUAUAGGUUUUACUAGAUCUAUGGCGCAUGAACACUACUAUGGCAAAACAGGCGUUGCUUUCAUUUGCAUUUGCCCCGGCCUCACCUCCUCCGAAGAAAUGAUGAAUAAACGUGAUAUGAAUUGGAUGAAAUGGAUAUCGCAUAAUGAGGAAAUUUGGAAUGUUGUUAAGGAAGCGAAAAUGAUAACGCCAGAGGAAUGUGCCGAACAUAUGAUGCACGUCAUGGAGCGUGCUGUAAAUGGUGGCAUUUAUGUUUGCAGUGUUGGUGUUAUGAAAGAAAUUCAACCUACGGUUUAUGUGGAUUAUUAAGUGCGGGAAUUUUGUGAAGUUAAAUUAAAAAAAACUUGAACAGAUUAAAGGUGUUAUUUAAAUACUAAGGCCUAAUAAACUGUUUACCGUUAAAAUGUA